AUGUUACGAGAAAUUUUUAUGAAACCUAAUAAUUAUAUUGAUGGUGUAUUUUUUGCUGAAAUGUUAAAAGAAGUUAUUGUCCAUUUAGAAACGAGUAAAUAUCAACAUGCAGAACUUCGUGUGUCAAUUCAAGGUAGAAGUAUGGAUGAAUGGGAUCAAUUAGCUACAUGGUUUUUAAAAAAUAAAAUGCAUUCGACUAAUGUUAAUUAUAUGAUACAAGUACCAUGGAUUUUUAAUGUUCAUUAUGCAAGUGGUAAAUUAAAAAAUUUUCAAGAACUUUUAACAAAUCUUUUUCAACCAUUAUUUGAUGCAACAAUUAAUCCUGAAUCACAUCCAGAUUUAUUUCAUUUUAUGCGUUAUUUUACUGGUUUUGAUUCAGUUGAUGAUGAAUCAAAACCUGAAAGAUCGAUAAUUACAAGUAUUACAUAUCCAGAUCAAUGGAAUACAAAUGAAAAUCCACCUUAUGCUUAUUAUUUAUUUUAUAUGUAUGCAAAUAUUCUUGCGCUUAAUCAACUUCGAAGAUCACGUGGUUUAAAUACGUAUCAAUUUCGUCCACAUUGUGGUGAAGCUGGUGAUGCAUCACAUCUUACUGCAGCAUGUAUACUUGCAGAAAAUAUUUCUCAUGGUCUUGUUUUACGUGAAUCAUCUGUAUUACAAUAUUUAUAUUAUUUAUGUCAAAUUGGUAUAGCUAUGUCACUAUUAAGUAAUAAUUCAUUAUUUCUUAGUUACAAUCAAAGUCCAUUUUUGGAAUAUUUUCAACGUGGUCUUUGUGUUUCAUUAUCAACAGAUGAUCCAUUACAAUUUCAUUUUACUCAGGAACCAUUAAUGGAAGAAUAUUCAAUUGCUGCUCAAAUAUGGAAGUUAUCAUCAAUUGAUAUGUGCGAAAUAGCACGAAAUUCCGUUUUAAUGAGUGGUUAUUCGGAUGAAGUUAAAAAAGCUUGGCUUGGACUACAUUAUAAAGAGUCAGGUGUUGCUGAUAAUGAUAUUCGUCGUUCAAAUGUACCAAAUCUUCGAAUAGGUUAUCGAUAUGAAGUACUUUGUGAAGAACUUCGUUUACUUAAACUUGUAUAUCAUAGUCGACAAGAAAAAAACACUGACGUACAUUCAUUUUAA